AUGUCUCCCUCCCCAGGCCAGACCCUCAACCCCAAGUCAUGGCGCAAACACCUCAAGCCCGACCUAAACAGGCACAACCUCCUCCUAAUACUCAAAGGCGCCCUGCCACCCACAAUCGUCAUCGCAAUCCACCAAAGCAGCGCCGUCGCAAACACAACCCUCACAAUCGGCUACCUCGCAGCCCUGCUCUCCGUGCUCUCGCAGGCUCUCACCCCGCGCGCCAAGUUCCUCAGAAUCAUGCUCUUCGAUCUCCUCGCCACUUGCGUCUCUGCGUCACUUUGUUGUCUCGCGAUUUUUUGCGCUGGAAAAGCACGGCAGAACAGCGGUGACCAAACACCCAGCAGCAGCAGCAGCAGCAGCAGUACUUACAAUUCCAGCGCCAGCGCCGUCUCCGCAAUCUGGCUAAUUGCCAUGAUCUGGGCCGGCAAUGCACUGCGGGCGUGGAAACCAAUGGAGCUGCAAGACCUCAUGGUCGCGUUUUCGAUUUUCUGUUCUGUGACGCUGACGCGCGCGGGGACGUUUGUGGUCCUGGCGGAUGGGUUGGCGUUUGUCGCGCGGCUACUGAAGGGGUUCAUGCUGGGUUUUGCGAUUGCGACGGGGGUGUCCCUGUUUAUCUAUCCGGUUACGAGUCGCGGGCUUGUGUUUGGGAACGUUACGGGGUAUGUUGGUAGGAUUGAGGGGGUUCUUAGGGCUUAUAGCGGGUUUGUGGGUGGUAGUGCGGGCGACUGGGAGGGUGCUGAUGCAGAUUCUGAGGAGGACUCUAGAAAACGGUUAAAGGACACCGUGGCGGGCCUGAAUGCGGUGCAUGCGAGGCUGCAGUCGGAUCUCUUUUACUCGAGGGAUGAGAUUGCCUGGGGGAAGUUGUCGGCGAGUGAUCUGGAUCGGAUUGGGGGUCUCUUGCGGGACCUUUUCCUGCCGCUGUCGGGGAUGGCGAUGCUCCCGGAUGUGCUGGAUAUGGUUGUGAAACGUCAACAGGAUGGAUCUCAGGAUUCUGUAUCAGAUGCUGGUGGGACGUCGCAGCGACUGGAUAUUGAGAAUGUGGUGGAAACGCUCAAUAGCCGCAUUGGGGAGUGCUCUGGUUUGGUCACUGCGGGACUGCAGUAUGUACUGUGGAGGUUGGAGCUCAUGACGCCAAAACAGCUAGAUAAGGGGAACGGAGGACAUAUGGACGAAGAGGCAGGGAGAACCACUUUGGACCCAACACAGACUGGCUUCAUGUCACAGUUCGAAAAGCGGAUGAAGGAGUAUUACUCUAGACAGAAGCAGCUUCCACGGACACUAGCUUCACGCGAAGCAUUUAUAACGGAGAAAACGAAUGGUGCACCAGACGAGGGGACUGUCAACGACAUUGAUAUCCGGCAGGAGUUCUUCAUUGUGCUGUUUAUGUCACAGCUUCAAGACAAGCUCGUCAAGGAAACGCUAGAAUUUAUGAGAUUUGCAGAUGCAAAAGUCGCAGACGGGACUAUGGGGCGAAACAGGAUAAUCUUGCCAGUCUGGUCAAUUCGGAAAUGGCUAUCUGGAUCAUCGAAAGACACGAAAUCCACAACCAGUUCAGUGCCUGAGCAUGAUAACAAACCAACGCAGUAUCCAGACCCCGAGCAUCUGCCACCGGCCAACAAGUGGGAGAGAGCAAGCACCGUCUUCCGUUCUAUAUCAUCUGUUAUCAAGUCUGAACAAAGCAUAUUCGGCUUCAGAGUUGCGGCGGCUUCCUUUUGCGUGGGAAUACUGGCAUUCCUCCACCAGACGCAAAACUUUUUCGUCCGUCAGCGAUGUAUCUGGGCGAUGAUUGUCAUAGUCAUCGGGAUGAGCCCGACAAGCGGGCAGACCCUGCUGGGAUUCAUCACCCGCAUUGCAGCUACUGUUGUUUCGCUGGCGUUGAGCUUGAUGGUUUGGUACAUCCCUGACCAGAAAACUGCGGGCGUGAUCGUCUUUCUCUACCUGGCGAAUGUCUUCGAGUAUUAUUUCUAUGUCACCAAACCCCAAGUCUUUGGCCCCUCCAUCAUCGCCAUCGUCACUCUCAACGUCAUCGUCGGCUACGAGCUACAGAUGCGCAAACUCGGCCUCGAAGUCGGCACCUCCAACGGCCAGCCCUACUACCCAAUCUACCUCUUCGGGCCCUACAAGCUCCUCGCCGUGGCAGCCGGCUGCGCAAUCUCCUUCAUCUGGGUGAUCCUGCCAUACCCCGUAACCUCCAAGAGCCGACUGCGCAAGUCGCUGGGCAGCGGGCUGUUCCUCCUCGCCAGGUUCUACAGCUGCAUGCACUCGAGCAUCGAGCUUUGGCUUAGGGGCCAACUGGAUGACACUCCACAAAUACAAUACGGCCACCCCGCCCAAGCACCGAUGGCUGAACUCCAGAAAGCGCGCAAGGCAAUAUUCAAAGAGGAAAUGACCCUCCUCGCUCGCCUCGGCACCCUCAGCCACUUCAGUACCUUUGAGCCUCCUAUCGGGGGGAAAUUCCCGAGGGCAACAUAUGACGCAAUCAUAGAUCAAGUCCAGCGGAUUCUAAUCAGCAUGGCCCUAAUGGCUCAGAUGGCACAGAGCCCGCAAACACAACCACCACCACAGGAAACUCUAACUCCAGAUCGCCAACUCACCAACACCGAAAGUAAAAGUGAAAAGACCUGGUCCACCCGCCUCGCAACCGUCGCGCUGCAAUCCGCCGAAUUCAAAUCCCACGCAACGACCUCGCUGCUUUGCCACCUCGGGUCAGCGAUCACAAAUGCGCAGCCGCUCCCGCCGUAUCUAUCAGCGGGCGGGCUGUUCCCGCUUGCGCGGUGGGUGCGACAUGUUGACGCGGAGAUGCUGAGUCUUCGACAUGUAGACGACCCCGGGUUUGCCAUUUUUGGGCUGUUGGAGGUGCUGAGAUCUGUUGUGGUUGUUGAGUUGGAGGGUUUGCUUGGGAAUGUGAGGCAGUUGGUUGGGGAGCUGUCUUUUGAUUUCCAUGCUCAGAUAGAAGGGUAG